AUGUUUUAACUGAAUAAUAACGAGAAAUAGAUCGAUUUCAGAAAAUAUCAAAUGGAACCAAUAGAUCAAAUCUACCUAUCAUUCAGUCCAAAUCAAGAAGAAUAAAAUACACUCAAUCUAAAAACAGAGGAGAUGUCAAUUCCUAAUAUACAAUCCUUUUUUACUGAUCGCACUAAUAUUUUCGACUAAAAAGUAGGAUAUUUCCAAGGAUCAGUCCAUAAUACGGAUCAAUUUGAUUUCUACCUAAUACCAAAGAGUGAACUAACCAAGUUGCUUAAAUAAUUAGAUAGCUUGCAAAAAAUUUAAUAAAAUUUUGACGCUCUCAAUCAAUAAAUAUAGUCAAUAUCAAAGCACUCUUCUAAAUAGUCCUAACAACAUUCCUAUAACAAUUUACAAAAGUCUGGAACCACCUAAUAAGGGUCAGAUUAAAAAGCGCGAAAUUUACAACAAAGCUAAAUAAUGAACGAGGGUUAGCCUCAUAAGGAUGUUAUUAGUGUAAGAGCUUUGGUAGGUCACAGAGACAACUCUAUUCAUUACAACAACAAUAAAGAAAAUAAUUAAGCUUUAAUAAAUAAUUAGAGGACUACAAGUCAAUAAAAAUAAUAGCACCAAUAAUAAAAUUAUUCUUCUGUUAGAAAAUUCAAUUAACCCUUACCGUCAAGACAAAGAUCGCAAACUCACAUACACAUGAAAUAUAUAAAUUGA